AUGAGGCCUGCUCAGGGUCCGGUGUCCUUCGAAGAGGUGGCCGUGUAUUUCACCCGGGGGGAGUGGAUCCUGCUGAGCCCAGCCCAGAGAACCCUCUACAAGGACGUCAUGCUGGAGAACUUUGGGAACGUGGCCUCACUGGCUAGGGGUAUGCAGAGAAUUCAGGGAGAGGUGAAAAAAUAUAAAUGCCUGGAGUGUGGAAAAGUCUUCAGUCACAAGAGAAGCCUUACUGCCCAUCAAAUAAUUCACACAGGGGGAAAACCAUAUAAAUGCCUGGAAUGUGGGAAAGGCUUUAGCCGCAAGAUAAGCCUUACCUACCAUGACAGAAUUCAUACAGGGGAGAAACCAUAUAAAUGUUUGGAGUGUGGGAAAAGCUUUCGACGGAAGAAUACGUUAACUUUUCAUGAAAGACUUCAUACAGGGGAGAACCCAUAUAAAUGCCUGCAAUGUGGAAAGUGUUUUAGUAGCAAAGGAGGCCUUAUUUACCAUAACAGAAUUCAUACAGAGGAGAAACCAUACAAAUGCCUGGAGUGCGGAAAAAGCUUUCGACAGAAGAAUAUGUUAACUUUCCAUCAAAGAAUUCAUUCAGGGGAGAAACCAUAUGAAUGCCAAACAUGUGGGAAAAGCUUUCGACAGAAGAAUACGUUAACUUGCCAUCAAAGAAUUCACGCAGGGGAGAACCCAUAUAAAUGCCUGCAGUGUGGAAAGUGCUUUACUAGCAAAACAGGCCUUUCUUACCAUGACAGAAUUCAUACAGGGGAGAAACCAUAUAAGUGUUUGGAGUGUGGGAAAAGCUUUCGACAGAAGAAUACGUUAACUUGCCAUCAAAGAAUUCACGCAGGGGAGAACCCAUAUAAAUGCCUGCAGUGUGGAAAGUGCUUUACUAGCAAAACAGGCCUUUCUUACCAUGACAGAUUUCAUACAGGGGAGAAACCAUAUAACUGUCUGGAGUGUGGGAAAAGCUUUUCACGGAAGGGUACUUUAACUUUCCACCAAGGAAUUCACACAGGGGAAAAACCAUAUAAAUGCCUGGCGUGUGGUAAAUGCUUUGUUCGCAAGAUAAGCCUUACUUACCAUUGCAGAAUUCAUACAGGGGAGAAACCAUAUAAAUGCCUGGAGUGUGGGAAAGGCUUUAGCCGCAAGAUAAGCCUUACCUACCAUGACAGAAUUCAUACAGGGGAGAAACCAUAUAAAUGUUUGGAGUGUGGGAAAAGCUUUCGACGGAAGAAUACGUUAACUUUUCAUGAAAGACUUCAUACAGGGGAGAACCCAUAUAAAUGCCUGCAAUGUGGAAAGUGUUUUAGUAGCAAAGCAUGCCUUGCCUACCAUGACAGAAUUCAUACAGAGGAGAAACCAUACACAUCUCUGGAGUGUGGAAAAACCUUUCCACAGAGGGAUACUCUUACUUUCGAUCAAAUACUUCAUACAGGGGAGAACCCGUACAAAUGCCAGCAGUGUGGAAAGUGUUUUAGUAGCAAAGGAGGCCUUAUUUACCAUAACAGAAUUCAUACAGAGGAGAAACCAUACAAAUGCCUGGAGUGCGGAAAAAGCUUUCGACAGAAGAAUAUGUUAACUUUCCAUCAAAGAAUUCAUUCAGGGGAGAAACCAUAUGAAUGCCAAACAUGUGGGAAAAGCUUUCGACAGAAGAAUCAUCUAACUUCGCAUCUAAGAAUUCACACAGGGGAGAAACCCUAUAAAUGCAUGGAGUGUGGAAAGUGUUUUAGUAGCAAAGGAGGCCUUACUUACCAUGAAAGGAUUCAUACAGGGGUGUAUAGAAAUAUUGAUUUCUAAAACUCCAUGC